AUGUCCGAUGCCACCACCAGCGUCGACGGCCCCACCCUCCUCUCGCUACCGGAUACGGUGCUCAUCGACACGCUAUCGCCUCACCUCACAUCGCGCGACCUCGUCUCCCUCCGACGCACCUCGAAGCGGGCACGCGCCGUCUUCGACGACGAGGUGCUGUGGAAGCGCCGCACCCUCGCCGACUUUAGCUUCCCGCCACACGCCUCGGCUCGCGUCGGGGGAUGGCGGAAGCUCUACCGCGGUCUAGAGAGGCCGCAGGUGUGGGUCUGGGGCCAGUCGGAUCGUGGACGCCUCGGAUUGGGCGCGGCGCAGAGCGAGGAUCAGACCCUCCGACGGCUGACGUCCGGAGGCAGCGGCGGCAUCCCCUUUCCCGUCAAGAACGACGUCGUUGCUGCUGCCCUCGCCUCAAAGACCAGCGACGAGAAUCCAACCAAGACAAAGGCCGUAGUACCGUCGCGCGGCGAUCUGGGAUCCGUCGUCGAGCUCGUAGCCGGCGGCUGGUCGUUCCACGCCCGCACCUCGACGGGCAAAGUCAUCUUCUGGGGCACCAUGGACGGCGAGGGCUAUGCAGGUCCCCACGCCUCCCUCCGCGAACCCAGUCGCGAGAUCGACACGCCUACCCUCCUCGACCUCCCCGCCGAUGUCGUCGUCAAGCAGCUCUCGUGCGGUCGCAGCCACGCCGUCGCCCUCACCGACAAGGGCGAUGUGCUCGAGUGGAGAGCGUGGGGCACCGUGUGGAAGCACGACGGCCUCCUCCCCCUCGCAACCGCCACGUCUUCGGCGCGCGUGGCGCAGCUCGAGGCUGGCUGGGACUUUACUGUCGUCCUCGUCGAGACAUCUUCGUCGGACGAUGCUCGCGACGGCAGCCACGGCGCCGCUCGCACCGACAUCUACCUCUGGCACUCGGACCUCAGCGACGACCGAUACCGUCAGACCUACUUUGCAGAGCUCGAAGAGUCGCCCUUCUCCCGCGCCUGGCCGGAGCGACCCAACAGCGACGACAGUCCGGCCCGCAUCCAGAGCCCGGCCCUGAAGCUGCCCGCUCUGCCAUGGCCUGGGGAUCAGACAGCCGAAGGACUCACGCAAAGCACCUCGCCCCACCGGACGGUCCGCAUCGCUGCAGGCGAAAACUUUGUUCUCGCCCUAACCGAGUCCGGUCUGGUGUACAAGCUCGACGUGCCGCCGCGCCAUCCGAGUGGCACCGACCGACGACGGCCCGACGGAAGCCUGCGCAGCCAUGCCGAGGCGCAGCGCCUCGCACUGGCCCGCCACCUUAGCGGCGACGCUGACGCCGGCGACGAGGGCCAGCGGUGCUGGAAGCUGCUUCCGCACUUUUGCGUUCCAGACCGACUGCGAGCGCUGUCCGGGCUGCAGGGCGUCGUCGAGGGCAAGAGCGAUGCGCAGCUACGCAUCUCGCACAUCUCGGCCCACUUUCGCACAUUUGUCGUCUAUACCUCGGACGAUCCGGCCGAGCACCAGCUGCAUCCGCAGAGCGAGGCGGCCCGAGGAUCAGGACGUCAGCGACGGCGGGGCGGGAUCGUCCUGCUCGGUGGGAGAGAGGCGGACGCCGAUACUGUGCCGGACGUGGUGCCGCAGCUGCAGGAUGCCGGCGUCAUCAAGGUGGUGCUGGGCGACUACCACUUCGGCGCCUUGACCGAGGACGGCGAGGUGUGGACGUGGGGUUCGUGGUCCAAGGGUGCGCUCGGAGUCUGGCACGACCUGCCGCCAGCCGCCGAGUCAGCGAGUGGGCGGGGGGAAGAUGAGGGGUACGACGAUACGGCCAACCUGGUCCCGCUGCCCAGGGUGCUGCCCCACUUUCGCGUCGGCGGGCCUGCGGCGGCGGCGAGGAUUGUGCCGAGGCUCGGGAGCAGGGCGGCGGCGAGGAUGGCUCAGUCGAGCGCGGGUGCGGGUGCGGGCGGCGAGGAGAAGCGCGUGCCGGAGCGCGUGGAUCAGCCUACACCGGUGCGCUUCAGACUGCUGCAGGGCGAGGGCAGGACCGUGGGCGAAGACAACGAGCAACGUCGUACCACCAGCUUUGCCUUUGACGUGGCGUUUGCCGGCUGGCAUUCGAGCGCCCUUGUGAUGGACGUCGAUGCAGAGGUCGACAGCGGCGACGCCCGAUGA